AAACAAUUAUCAUAGAAAACCAAAACUUUAUUUGAAAGUGUUUAAGUUUAGAUGUUGGAUUUGGUUUCUUGCACUUUACCAUUUGACUAAAGAAAAAUUAGUUAGGUGUUUUAUUAUACUUUUUUGCACUCUUUAUGAGAGUUGAAAAAUGUGAUAUAGUAUAAGAUGAAGAAUUUUGCUGUGGAAUUUCAUUUCUGAAUUUUUCAAUUAAAUUUGCAGGUUAAAGAUGUUGAUAGCCAAAGGUUUGGUAUCUAUUGUAGUGAUCAUAGCUUUGAUUCUGCCACAAAUUUCACCACAAGCUGUUUCAACUUCUGCUGCAGAUAACGCGACAGAAGAGAUUAGGCAGAAGGAUAAUACUAUUAGAGUUGAUCCUUUGGAAAAUUUCACAAAGUAUAGAGGAGGAUUCAACAUCAGCAACAAGAAUUAUUGGAGUUCUUUGAUAUUCACUGGAGUAUAUGGAUAUGGAAUUGGAAUGUUGUUCCUUCUGUGUGGAAUAUUGUAUGGAGUUUUUUUGGUGAUCGCGAAGUUUUGUUAUCGCGAAAAUGAUGAAGGAGGAAAAAGAAUGAAGAAGGUGUUGUUUCCUUGUAAUUACAAGACAUGUGAUGUUUUACUAAUUCUUUUGGUUUUGUUUCUCAUGUUAAUCGCCAUAGUUGCAACGGGGCUAGUUCUUGUUGGGAGUGUGAGAUUUCAUUCAGAGGCGAAAAUAUCGGUUGAUAUCAUAAUCGAAACUGCAAACGAAGCGUCUGAGACAAUACAUAACACAACAGAAGCAUUAAAAGGCAUGGAGAAUAGCUUGAUGGAAGCAAAUGUUAAUAUUGAGGCUUCUUCCAAUCUUGACUCUACUGCUGAGAAACUUGAUGAUGCGUCGGAAAAUAUUGAAAUGCAAGCCAGGAAGAAUAGGCGCCUUAUCAACAAAGGAUUGAAAAUAGUGUUUGUAACUACCAUAGUGAUUAUGUGCUUGAACUUGCUUGCUGUAACAGUUUUGUCAGUUUGUGGAGUACUAAGGUUAAGGAGGUCAUUGUACAUGCUUGUUGCAUUUUGUUGGUUGAUGACAGUGUUAUGCUGGCUAUUCUUUGGAGUCUAUUUCUUCUUAGAAAAAUUUUCCAGUGAUGCAUGCAUAGCUCUUGACAACUUUCAAGAAAAUCCUUAUAACAACAGCCUAAGCUCAAUCCUUCCAUGUCAAGAACUUCUCAAAGCAAAACCAGUUCUAUCUGAAUUUAGUUCCGGAAUUUAUCAUCUUGUUAAUGAGGUGAAUGCAAACCUAUCAAUGCAGGCAGCAUCAUAUCCAAAUCCUGUUCAUGUUUGCAAUCCUUUCUCAGAGCCACCAAAUUAUUUCUACCAGCCCGAGAAUUGUCCCGAAAAUGCUAUCCGAAUAGGAGACAUUCCAAAGGUAUUGAAGAGUGGAAAUUUCAUGACAAAUAGUGAAUAUGCAAGAGUUGAAACUUACACAAACUCAAUUCAAGAUUUAUUGAAUGUGUAUCCAAGUAUGGAACAUUUGUUAGAAUGUCAAAUUGUGAAAGAUGCAUUUUCUCAAGUUCUUGUUCACCAUUGCAAGCCUAUGAAGAAAUAUGGUAAGAUGGCAUGGGUGGGAAUGGUGUUCCUUGGAGUGGUCAUGGUUUUGUUGAUUCUGCUUUGGACUAUGAAGGCUAGUUUUGAGCAUUGUUAUCAUGUUUCAGAUGGUUCUGUGAAGCCUCAAGAGUAGAUAAAGAUAAAGAGAUUGAGAUUUGAUAGAAACUUAAUAUUGAUUAAGAAUUAACUAAUUAUAUUUAGUGUUUUUGAAAUUAGAAAUUAGAUAUUGGAAGGCAAAAAUGCGCAAGCAGCUUUUCAAUAAUCAUGUUAUAGGAAAUGCAACAUUUGUAUAUGACAAUUUAUACAGAUAGAAAUUAAAUUUAUAUGACAUGUAUAUGAAAAUUGGUAUC